AUGUUCCAGCAGGUCUUGCAUGCAGUCACCCGUUGGGAUGCGCAGGCCAGUGGCAUCCCACUCCUUAAACGAGUUGUCCACAUCCUGAUGGUUAUGACGGGGAAUGAGGUGAGGUGUAGGGAGUGGGUUGGGGCAGUGGUGAACGAGGUGGUGGGAUUGGCCGAGGUGUGGGGAUCGGACGAGGUGUGGGGAUCGGACGAGGUGUGGGGAUCGGACGAGGUGUGGGGAUCGGACGAGGUGUGGGGAUCGGACGAGGUGUGGGGAUCAGACGAGGUGUGGGGAUCGGACGAGGUGUGGGGAUCGGACGAGGUGUGGGGAUCGGACGAGGUGUGGGGAUCGGACGAGGUGUGGGGAUCGGACGAGGUGUGGGGAUCGGACGAGGUGUGGGGAUCAGACGAGGUGUGGGGAUCGGACGAGGUGUGGGGAUCGGACGAGGUGUGGGGAUCGGACGAGGUGUGGGGAUCGGACGAGGUGUGGGGAUCGGACGAGGUGUGGGAAUCGGACGAGGUGUGGGGAUCGGACGAGGUGUGGGGAUCGGACGAGGUGUGGGGAUCGGACGAGGUGUGGGGAUCGGACGAGGUGUGGGGAUCGGACGAUGUGUGGGGAUCGGACGAGGUGUGGGGAGUGGAUAAAGAGUGGAUCGGGGCAGUGGAGAGAUGGUUUUGGUGA